AUGGCCGUCCCAGUGAGUUUGAAAGCUAUUUCUCCAUACCUGAAGACCGCUCAGGAAUAUGACAAACGAGAUCCUGUUGUUGCUUAUUACUGUAAGUAUAGCUUGAAAUAUUUUUUUUGGUGCUGUGAGGUAUUUAGCGUAAAAGCAAAGAUGGAAGCUAAAGGAGAAACAGGUAACAUUUUAUUAAAGCUUAUUUCAGCAAUACAUGCUUUUUAUAGCGAUGACAUUUCUCUGUAAAUGAAAGUCAUUGCCAAGAGUUGUGUUUUAUUGCAUACUUCUGGACACUUCCAGACCUGCCAACUCCCUAGAGAGGAAAGUUUGUAGUGAGAUUUUGUUGCUUUACAUAGGUCCAAGAAUGCAAGUUUACAAAUUUUAUUAUAGAAUGGUCAUAAUGGUAGUAUUAAAAUAUGACAUCUAUUUUGCGACUUCAUCACCUUGAAAAAUUCAGUCACGAAUAAAAUACAGAUUACUUUUAAUUAAGUUGAUUUAAGAAUGUGACUUAAAAUAAGCAUGAGCAAAGGAAAAGAGAUACAUAUAAAGCAAAGGAAGGAUAUUUAACAAUUAUUGAAUAAGCCUGAUGUGAAGAAUUAUGCAGUUCAAGAAGAAUGUAGGCCUUGGAGGUCAGCAUAAUUCUUCCCAUCGUAUCAUCUGAAAUGUGAUAAUCUUCCCAGCAUGCAAAAGCUGAAUUCAAUAGCUAUUUUAUUAUUUAUUCAAAAUAUUUCAUAGACUUUCUUCAAAACUUUGCCCUAUUUCUCGGCACAGUAUCAGGAUGUGUUUUUUUUCCCUGCAGAUUCUCCUCAAAAUGUAGAUAACGUAAUAAAAAGAUAUAAACCAUAGUAUAUCUGACAUUAGUGCUGCCCCAAAAUACUGCCACAUUGAAAACUACUCUGGCAUUUUUUGAGCAAAACUUAUUAAUAAUGUAGCUACAGCAAAACAUGACAGAUUACUUUAUUCUUUGUCAUGGAUAAGUGAGAAUUGUUGGACAGUGAAAUCAAGAAAGUUGGCAGUUUGUGCUUCGUACCAUGAGACACAGAGUAACUUAGGGAAGAUUUCACUGCACAUAAAAUAAAUACAAAACUUUUGACAAGAGAUUUUUAUGUCCUGCGGCAGGUCGUCUCUAUGCAAUGCAGAAAGGGAUCAAAAUUGAUAGCAAAGGAAAAGAAAGUAAACCAUUCUUACUGCAGCUAAUGGAUCAGUUAGAACAGGUUAGAAACAUACUUCAAGAGUUCUUUCUUUAACUGCAUUAAUCUGCUCUGCAUUUACUUCUUUGCCCUUCAGUACCAAUACUUUUUGUCAUUUUAUUUUUAUACAGUCAGGGGUGUCAGUAAAAACUGAAGUAGCCAGCAGGUUUGAAUAGAGUAACCGACUGUGUAUCCACAAGGGACCGUUAGUCCUCUUUAAUAUUCUAGGGGAAAAGUUUGAAAUUUCAAAGCCCUAAAAGGCGAUUUUUAGCGUUCUGGGGACUAAAUAUGAGGACAAAAGAGCAUGUUUUUCAUUCAAAAAAUGUAGCUUUCAAUAUUUAUAUGUCCCACAGCUAAUUCCUACAAGAAAAUGAACAAAUGAACGUACUUUUGCACCUGAACAAAAAUUCUGCUUAAACCUAUAAAAGAAACUGUGAAAAAAUGACUGAAAUAUAGCGUUCACAUGACUUAAGCAUAACGGAACACUAGUGGGCCUAUACGAAAACACAUCAUACCCCAUUACAUUUUCAUUCAGAUUUUAUGAAAUAAUUAUUUCUUGUCUACAACCUUAUUCAAACUAGUUGCUUCUUCUUUGUAGAGAGAAGUAGCCGACUUCUCUAAGCAAAGUAGCCAACGCGUUUCGUCGGCCGUCGGUGCUUAUUGAAACACCUGUACAGUAAAUAUAUUCAUUAUUUCAUUGUCAUUCAUGGGUUCAAAAUAAGAGUUGUGUCUAUAACUGAAAUGAUCUUCUUCAUAUUUACACUGUAAUUGAUCUGUUAUAAUGUUUGCAGAAAAAGAAGGAGUUGGGUUCAGCCGGUUAUGAGGCUGUCAGUGAAGAAGACGUUGCCCAGCUUCACAUUGGUGAAAAAGCACUCCAGCUUUUCUUGUGGGCUGAUACUGAGGACCGUGCUUCAAACUUUAAUAAGUACUUUGGAUAAUUCAUACUUUCUGUCAAUUAAGAACCUAGCAUUUGGAUGUUAAAAUAUGCUACUCAAUAAUAAUGAUAUAAUGAUAUACAACAAGUCUCUUAUUUUUCCUUUGAUCAUUGUGCCAGACUAUGUUAUAAUAGAGACCUUUAGAUUCGAGGAUAAGAAUGACUAUGACGAUGAGAUUUGAUUUGCAGUUUUUUUGGCGUAUAUAUAUUUCUCAAAAUAUGACCAGCAGCAGAUAAACUGACGACUUCAUCUAGUGUAAAAGUGCUCAAUGGUAAAACGGGAGCUGUGAAUAUAUAAUACACCCCAGAAAAUUUCAUUGUACUUUUAUUCACCAGAAAACAGAGUUGUUAUCUUGUACCUGUAUGCUGACACCCUUGUAUGCUGACAUCCAAGCUUACUGUUAGCAAGUUUAAUAAUGUAUAAUGUAAAGAGGGCAAGUCUUGUUGUCCUCUAAUCCAUGACAUUUCAUUGCAUCAGAUUAUAUUGAAUGAGGUUAAGCCCUCUCUCGAUCACAAAAUGAUAAAACUUCUAACAUUUGAUGUCUUGUUUCAGCCACUACAACGUUCUUACUGACACGCGUACUAGAAUGACGAUGGCUAUUGCAUUUCCUGCCAAAAUAAUGCUGGUUCUUGUGCACGCAAAACUUAGUAUUAAGAAAAACUCUUAUUCAUAGUCGUCCUCUUCUUAGAAUCUAAAGGUCUCUAUUUACUGUUUGGAAUUAUGUUUUUCUUAAUCCUUUCAGAAAUGUUGUCAAGUCAUUUUACACAGCCAGUCUGCUUUAUGAUGUUUUGACACAGUUUGGUGAAUUGUCACAGGAGGUAUUUAUAACAUUAGGCUCUUUGAGAAAACAUUCUAUUUUUAAUUAUAUAUUUUUUAAAUUCUGGGUGAAGAGAUAAGGGCCUGGAGCAUUUUUCUGAAGUGUGCAGUGAAACAUUAGCCUGCACCACAGACAAAACUAAACUCUUGUUAAACCCGUCUGUGAAACAGCGCUGAAAUCCUUGUUGCAGGCCCCCACCUGAGUACCAAGAUUUGAGUAUGUGCCAUGAUUGGUCUUUUUUGAAAAGCCAUUGUCAAUUUGCCAAUCAGGCAAAUGGUGAAACAUUUUGCUUUCCUGAAAAGCAUUUGUUAUCAAUAUUAAAUUUUGUGCCUCGAGUGACUUAUUGUUUUUUUUUUACGAGCUGCUGAUUGGCCGACAACCAACUUUCUUGGAAUGUAUUGUUAUUUUCCUGUAAUCGGAUUGGUCAACUUUGUGUAAGUGGCCCUGUGUACAGUAGUCACACUGUAAGAAGUGAAUUGAGAUUGUCUUGUCCUACUUUAGGGAGCUCACCAUCAAAAAUAUGCCAAAUGGAAAGCAGCUUACAUACACAAAUGUCUGAAGACUGGAGAGACACCCGUUCCAGGGCCUGUAGGUGGGGAGGCUGAAAGCUUUGAUAGAGAAGAGGAAGGGGCCUCCCCAUAUCCUCCUUCCAGUAUGCAGCAACCCCAAGGGUACCCUGGCUACCCAACAGAUGCUCAACAGCCACCUUACCCCACUGGCAAUACAGCAGGCAUUCCUGGUCAGUUUCCCUCAACUGCACCAUAUCCAACACCUUCUGCUCAACCUAGUAUAAGCCAGGUAAUACCAAGAUAGAAUUCAGUAAAAUAAUGAUGCUGGUUUGGGUAGAUAUUUGGGAUCAAUCUAGGUUCUGGGAAACUGCCCACCUACCCUUCCCCUAAGCCAACAUUUUGCCCUAAGUGAGAAGUAAGUGAUAAUGUUGGCUUAGGGAAGGGGUCGGUGGGCAGUUUCCCAGAAAACUAAACUGAUCCAAUAUUUGUUGCAAGCUCUCAUGAUUUUAGGGCUUCCUUGUAGUCUUUUAUCCCAGAACUAUGACAUGUGCUUGACCAAAUAAAAGGGUCUGUAUGUACACUUUGGUUAGCAAAAUGUGUAUGGCAGUGUGCGUCGACUUAGUCCUGGUGACACAACCACAAUUCAGGCAGGACACAGACAUUCAUCAUCAUCAUCAUCAUCGAUCUUUAUUUAUGCACAAAAUCGUAUCAUUUUUACAUGUUCUUCCUAGGAAUCGUGUGUAAAAUUAGACUAAAAUACUCUAAGGAACUACUUGUCUCUAAAGUUAAAAAUACAAAAACUCAUAUUAUUAAUAAUAGGAGUUACAAUGAGUCAUGGUGUAUUAAGAUAAUCUUUCCCAUGAAAUGAAGUUUUAAAAACAUUUAAACUAGGUAAGUUUCUAAUCUCUGAGGGAAUCUUGUUCCACAGAACAGAUCCUCUGUUGUGUACGCUCUCUUUUGCAGACUCAGUUCUGGGUCUGGGGACAUAAUAAUUUAACUCAGAUUUUCCAAGAUUGUGUGAGUGUACAUUUGAGGUGUUGGUAAAGAUCCACCUCAGAUACAAUGGGCAAAGAUUAUUAUGGAUUUUAUACAUUGUCGCAGCCAACUGUUUAAGUGUUACAUAUUGUAGCCUUUCCCAGCCAAGCCCAUCCAACAAAACACUUGAGCAAACCUCAUACAUGUAGUUAGAAAAGGUGAAAUUCUAGCAGCCCUAUUCUGGAGCCUUUGAAGUUUGUCUGCUGGUCCCUUAUUGAUAUUACUCCAUACAGCACUACAGUAAUAAUUUAUUAAAAUAUGGCAUUACCAGUGCAUUGUACGUAUUCACUCUAGUAUCAAAUAGUAGAUUAACAAUUAUUCCCUGAGCCCGAAUGGGCUCCGAGUCAAUAGCCCAUGAGGCUGGAGGCCAAAUGGGCUAUUGACUCAGAGGCCAUGAGGGCGAGAGGAUUAAUUGUUUCAGUAAAAUCCAACCAGUUGGUCAAAAACAUCGGGACAAAACAGCUUUAACUCGUAAAGCGCGAUUCAGCCGCCAUUGUUUUGGUUUUCAAAGCCAGCGCUUUUCGCUACUAGUAGGCUAUAACAUGUAGCCUAGUAGUAGCUCAACCAAUCAGAAUGCAACCAUUAUAAUAGACCACUAGUUGGAUUUUACGAAAAUGACUUACACGCUUUAAGAUAGCAAGACCAGCGGAUAUUGCUUGACUUGGACAUUGCGUCCUCUUUACUUCUAUUGUGUUGCAGCCCACUCAGCCAGUAGUUCCUUCCCCUGUUCCAGCAGCUUCAGUCAUUCCCCCCACGCAACCUACGUCCACCUUGUCUCCCCAAGACAGUGAACAAGCUCAGAAAUACUGCCGUUUUGCUGCUAGUGCAUUACAAUAUGAAGAUGUAAAGACUGCUAUUGACAACUUGCACAAAGCGCUUGCCUUAUUGGAAAAGUGAGCCUGCGAGGCUGGCGUUUAAAGGGGAAGGGAAAAGGGGAAUAGGGACCUUAAGCAAAGACGUUUUUGAGCAACGCACGUCAACCGGAAGUGAGGCGUUCUCCCUUUUUAUAUGCCUUGACGCUGACAAACUUGUAUUGCUGAGUUUCUUUUCUCUUUUAAAGACGAUUUACCCGAGAGUUUCAAGCAAACCGCUCCCCAACGAUGCAAAAAGUCCACUUCCUGUUGACGUCCGUCGCUCAAAAACGCUGUUGCUUAAGCUCCCUAAUAUGGUCAAGCGAGAACGCGAUGGAUGCGCGAGAAAGAAGGGAUAGUAAACCUCCCUUGCGCGCCUUUCUACUUCUCCUUGUCUUUCUCAAAGUCCUUCGCUUCUCAUUUCCGGUUCCGGUAGUUAGCUCUCGCUCUCUCGUUCGCUUUUGGCGUAGAAAACAUAAAAAAUCCACCAAUCGCGCUUCGCGCCCGUGAAAAAAUUUGAGCGCUCGACUUGUAGGCAAGUCUAUACUUUUCCUAGCCUGCGUGGCAAGCGUUUAAAAAGAAAGGAGAUUCCGGGCGCGCGAGAAGCGCGAAAGGCGCGGGAUGGGAAGGGGAGGAAACGCGUUCCUGCUCCCUCCUCCCUCGCACGCGGUCUCGCGUCCAAAUUCCCUUUCCCGUACCUUUCGAACGCCUGCCACGCAGUCUAUACUUUUCCCGUCCCCUCAAACGCAUGCUACGCAGGCUAAUGUUAGAACGACUAAAAAUCCCUCUGUCAGUAAACUCCGUUCUCAGUUUAAAAAUGGAGUGGAGAUGAAGCUAUAUGUGAAGAUUGAAUAAUCGGCGUAUACAAGACGGCUUGGUCACAGGUUAAUGGCUGGAAAAAUUCGCUAUCUGAAAUUACUUUGCUACUCGCCGGCUGCGGUAGUUAUUGUGCAGAGCAGUUCGUGGUCACUGAAGUACGCUUGAUGUUCCCUCUACUUCAAGUUGUGAUAUUAUGUGGACAUAAAUUUUAUAAGGUAGAAAAUUCGCCCGUGGAAACUGACUGGUGAGAUCUCAAGUUUUUGUGACGAGAGCCGUCUUUUGCAAUUUCUCAUAAUUGCAGGCUCGGAAGCAAAGCUCUAAAAGCUCCAAAUAAUUUUUUGUAGAAUGGUGAUAAUAUAAAUUAAGGAGGAACGGAGAUGGAGAACAGAAAACUGAAUGAGCUUUUAACCUGUUUAUAAAUUGAAGCAACCCAUGGAAAAUAUUGUUAAGUCAAGCAUUAUUAUCCUCUCAUUUGUGCUGGUUGCUUCGGGUUUUAAGUAAAAUAGCAUCUUCGGAGACCCAGGGGAGUUAGUCGGGACGAUAGAAUGUUCGUGGUGAAAGUUUACCAUGCACGAACAUUCUGUCGUCCGGACUAACUGCCCCUGGGUCUCGGAGGAUGGUAAAAUAGUUAAUUUGUUUCAAACACUUGACAAUUCUUCACCAAAAAUAAAUGCCUUCUUACAACGAC